CUGUACUCCCAUCGGCGCUCUUCAUUCAUACCCCACCCACAAGAGAGAGAGAGAGAGAGGGGAAAAAGAAAGAGAUGUUAUGUCAUUUGCAUUUUAGAAAAGGCGAAUGACGUUAUAAGGCGCCAAUCCGCCGAAUUGGAUAGACUUCGCUCCAGUGACCUGCAUGUAGAGAACAUUGCUUUAAGAACUCAGCUCAUGGAGAUUGCGCAGGACUAUAGAUUGCAUCAGGAACGAAUCCUCGAUCAAGAAGUACUUCUGUCAGAAUUGAAUCAUGAAGUAAAAAGUCUUGCUCGCGAUAAAGACAUCUUGCAGGAGCGAUGCAUCGAAUUGGAAAGGAAGUAUAAAAAGGCCAAAGCUGCGAGCAAGGAAUUUGAGAAGCUAAUUGACUUGGCAGAGCCUUGCUCAUCAUCAACGAGAGAGUCUACUUCAUUACUUGACCGAUCUCGGAAAAAACACAUGUCUCCCCUGAAGAGUGUGGAAAACGGUCUUAGAACGGGACGAACAGUUGAACGACUUGAGCACAAAAUUACGAGCGGCGGAACUUAA